ACUCCAGAAAGUGAGAGCUGAUGUAAAUUAAAAAUUAAUUGUUAUAACUUGCUUGUAUCUUAAAUGAGCAGAAAGUGCAAUAAAGUGCAGAUUCUCAGAACAGAUUCUAUUUUUUAAAGAUGGCAGUCGCACAGUGAAUCAGGAGAGAAAGAGAGAGAGAGAGAGAGAGAGAGAGAGAUUGCAAAUGGUUGUCAACAAAUAGCAAGAUUGUACUCGCAGAACGGGCGAUUUAGGAUGAUUAAAGAAACGAGAAAGUUGAAUUGAACUUAAGUUACGUGUCUUCUCUUUUUACGUAAUCACGACGCGAGAGAAUAAACUGCCAAAAGUGCCGAGAGUAUCGGAAACAGCACGGGGCAAGAACUGUCGAGAAACAAGCCUUCCUCUAUCUGAAACACAGACUUUGAUGAAUGUCUGAGAGUGACUACGAUUCAGCAAACGAGUACACAAGCCUAAUGGACGGUCACGUCGCGGAGUCUCGCCCGGAUGACCUGAUCCUGGACAACGAGCGUCGGAAGGGUCGCUCUAGAAGUGCCAAUGAAGAAAUAGAAAAUGGGGUUCCUGAGGUACACAUCGAAACGCCAGGCUCAGCUGUCGCCCGAUCAAAUAGACGAGGCACAUCCGGUAGCAAUAAUCAAAAUAGACGGAGGCACUACAGAGAUGAGGAAGAGGAAGAACUGAAGUAUGGAGCGGCGCAUGUGAUCAAACUCUUUGUCCCUGUUUCGCUGUGUAUGCUGGUUGUGGUAGCCACUAUUAGUUCAGUCCAUUUCUAUACAACUAAGGGAAUGUACUUAGUAUACACUCCGUUUCAUGAGGACAGUUCUGACACGAGUACCAAAGUUUGGCAGGCGUUUGCCAAUUCGCUGAUUCUCAUGAGCGUCAUUGUAGUUAUGACUGUGAUACUUAUCAUCCUUUACAAAUACAGAUUUUAUAAAGUCAUACAUGGCUGGUUGAUCAUAAGCUCUCUAUUGUUACUUUCAAUGUUUUCCGCUCUAUAUUGCGAGCAAAUGUUGAAAGCUUACAACAUUCCAAUGGAUUUAUUCACGCUAGCUAUAGGCUUAUGGAAUUUUGGUGUAGUCGGAAUGAUUUGCAUUCACUGGCAAGGGCCGUUACAACUUCAACAGGCGUAUCUGAUCUUUAUUUCCGCCUUAAUGGCACUCGUUUUCAUUAAGUAUUUACCUGAAUGGACAGCAUGGGUUGUCCUCGGUGUUAUAAGUAUUUGGGAUUUGAUUGCGGUUUUAAUGCCGAAAGGUCCACUAAGGAUACUUGUCGAAACCGCGCAGGAAAGAAAUGAAUCUAUUUUCCCUGCUCUAAUAUAUUCUUCUACCAUCUUAUACUCAUUUACUGUGACUUACGCUGGAUAUGUACAAGCAGCUACAAUGGCGUCUGGAGAUACCGCAGCGUCUCCUACGCGUGGUCAGACGGACAAUCAAAAUAAUCCAGUAUCAGGCGAUACAGAAGAAGGAGGUUUCUCUCCCGAAUGGGUAGAAACGCACGAUGAGCGUAGCACGAGGCGCGUUCAAGAAGUACGCGAGAACUCGUCUGCGAUAAGAGAAAGCGCGAGACAGCAGGACAAUCGUCCGCGAGAAUCGCAACGACAAGCUGCGGUCGCCGAGGAGGAACGUGGAGUUAAACUAGGUCUCGGGGAUUUUAUAUUUUACAGUGUCCUCGUCGGAAAAGCGUCCACUUAUGGAGAUUGGAACACCACGUUGGCUUGUUUCGUUGCUAUUCUUAUUGGCCUCUGUUUGACACUGCUAUUGCUGGCUAUAUUCAAGAAACCGUUACCCGCGUUGCCAAUUUCUACCACGUUCGGUUUGACGUUUUAUUUUGCCACAAGAGCAAUUGUCGCGCCGUUUGCUGAUAGUUUAGCGAGUGAGCAAGUGUUCAUUUAAAUUAAGGGGCUCGCAGUGCGGCAGUUCUGAACAAACUUGAAUUAAUCGGCGAAGAUAUUCUUCGAGGCGUUUCCGACGUUGCCUCGCUACGACUUCGUACUUUGGAAAGACUUGGCGUGGGGGGAAUCGUAUCGCAGCGACCUGUGAUCAAAGAGUCUCCGUAAAAUCGAUUGUGUUGCGAAUGCGUGCUUACAUUUAUGAAAAUGGUCUGAAUCGUGUAUAUAUAUACAAAUAAU